CAAUGUCUUCCACCGAAGGAAACAGAAAGGACACUUGAUCACACAAUCCUCGAAAUUAUUUCCAGGAAACACUUGCAGAAACCCUUUGGGAACCCUUUGCCUGGCAGCACCAACGGGGACGGCCAGGAGAUGAGCGCAUCUUUGAAUUACAAGUCGUUUUCCAAAGAGCAGCAGACUAUGGAUAACUUGGAGAAGCAACUCAUCUGUCCCAUCUGCUUGGAGAUGUUCACGAAACCUGUGGUUAUUCUUCCUUGCCAGCAUAAUUUGUGUAGGAAAUGUGCCAGUGACAUUUUCCAGGCCUCUAAUCCAUAUUUGCCCACAAGAGGAGGUACAACUGUGGCAUCAGGGGGCCGAUUCCGCUGCCCAUCUUGUAGACACGAAGUGGUUUUGGAUCGACAUGGGAUAUAUGGACUUCAGAGAAAUCUGCUGGUGGAAAAUAUCAUUGACAUCUAUAAGCAGGAAUCUACCAGACCAGAAAAGAAAUCAGACCAGCCCAUGUGCGAGGAGCACGAAGACGAGCGCAUUAACAUCUACUGUUUGAACUGCGAAGUACCCACCUGCUCUCUGUGCAAGGUCUUUGGGGCACACAAGGAUUGCCAGGUGGCGCCCCUCACCCACGUGUUCCAGAGGCAGAAGUCUGAGCUCAGCGAUGGCAUUGCAAUCCUUGUGGGGAGUAACGAUCGAGUACAGGGAGUGAUCAGCCAACUGGAGGACACCUGCAAAACCAUUGAGGAAUAUUGCAGAAAACAGAAGCAGGAUCUCUGUGAAAAGUUUGAUUACCUGUAUGGCAUCCUGGAGGAGAGAAAGAAUGAAAUGGCCCAAGUCAUUACUCGAACCCAAGAGGAAAAACUGGACCAUGUUCGUUCCCUGAUCAAAAAGUAUUCUGAUCAUUUGGAGAAUGUGUCAAAAUUGGUUGAGUCUGGAAUCCAGUUCAUGGAUGAACCAGAAAUGGCAGUGUUUUUACAGAAUGCUAAAACUCUGUUACAAAAAAUUUCUGAAGCAUCGAAGGCAUUUCAGAUGGAGAAAAUAGAACAUGGUUAUGAGAACAUGAACCACUUCACAGUCAACCUCAAUAGAGAAGAAAAAAUAAUACGUGAAAUUGAUUUUUACAGAGAAGAGGAAGAAGAAGAAGAAGAAGGAGAAGAAGAUGAAGGAGAAGGAGAAGAAGGAGGAGGAGGAGGAGACGGAGAGGAAGGAGGAGAAGGAGGAGGAGAAGGAGAUGGAGAUGGAGAACAACAAGAAACAGAAGAAGUAGCAGAAAGAGAAGAGAUACAAAAUGUCAUAACAGAGUCCUGGGGAGAAGAGGAAAGUCCAGAGGAAGUUUUGGAGACCCCUUCGAUGGCCUUAGAGCUCCAGGAUGGUCCAGGGAAUGUUCCAGUUUCCUCCCCAGAGGCACUUCUUGUCCUGCCACCUGCUGCAGAUGCCCUGGUGACACAGGGGGAGGUUGUGCCCACUGGCUCUCAGCAGACCACAGAGUCUGAAACUCCAGUUCCGGCAGCAACGGACCCUGCGGAUCCCUUGUUUUACCCUAGUUGGUAUAAAGGCCAAACUCGGAAAGCCACCACCAUCCCACCCUCCACCCCUGGGAGCGAAGGUCUGGGGCACAUAGGGCCUCCAGGUUCUGAGGAUGCGAAUGUGCAGAAGGCAGAAGUGGCAGAAGCUGCAGCCAAUGAGAGGGCAGCAGUGAGUGGUAAGGAAACUAGUUCACCUGCAGCUACUUCUCAGAUUGGAUUUGAAGACCCUCCCCUCCAGGGACAGGCCACAGCAACAGGGAGUGGAAAUGGAGCUGAUUCUGAGCUGGCUCGGCAUGUCUUUUCCUUUUCCUGGUUGAAUUCCCUGAAUGAGUGAUGGUCAUUUCCACUCAGUUUGUCUUACUAAAAUAAUAUAGGCAUCAGGGAACCUAAAUGAAAAUAACCUGAUGCAGAUUGAUGGGAAGGACCUCUGAACAGGAUUUCUGCAAAUAAGUGAAAUAUAAACCUUCAGUUCCUAGUGACUUUUAUAAUACAUGAAGGAAAAUGAGUUUGAGGGGGCAAAAGUUGCAGAAAGCAUUGGAAAAGAGAAAUUUGAUCUUAUGCAAAUCUUUUAUUGUGUGGGAAACAUUUUGAUGAGUGUGUGGGUAUGAUGUGUGUGUGAGUCAGUAAUAAGUGGCAAGUGUUGAAAAAAGUGGGCACUAUAUUAGUGUGUCUCAUAGGUACUGGCUGAUUAGUAUGGCAAAGUAGCUCUUAUUCUCAUUCUUCCUUAACAAUACAAGUGGUCAGUGAAAUUUAGUGUCUAUUCAGAAGUGACUGAUUAAUCAAUAAAUGGACAAAAGAUAAAACAUUGACCAAAGUUAUGAAAUAUUUUGUGAAGAUUUUUCUCUUUUUCAUAAUAGAUGUUGUUGGAUAUAUAUUCAAAAAUGUUCAAGUCUGGUGAUACUUCAGCAGUCCAAAAGGCUUAAGAUGUAGGCCAUAGUUGUGAUGUUUUUUUCCUAACUUAGUUUUAGCUAUGCAUAUAUCAGGCACUUUAAUUGAAAAGGGUAGUUCUUCUUAUAACAGCCACUGAGUUAUCACUCUCAUGAUCUGUAGAACAGCUGCAUGUAUUUACAUAUAUAUCACAUAGCAGAAUUUAGAUAUAUAUAUUUAAAAUAAAUUAAAUAUAUAUUUAAAUCAUGCUUUAUUUGUCCCACCACAAUGCCACUUUCAGAAAAUAAGUAUGACUUUACUCUGUAUGUACUCUUAAAUAAAGGCUAUUUC